UAGAAAGCGGCCUCUCCGCCAGUAGCAAGGAGACGCGCGCAGAGCCUGCAGCUGCCCCACUAGCUGAGGCACGGUCGCUGCUUCCAGGCCGUCGCCGGCUCACCUGCUCCAGACUGAGGAAACUGUUUUAAAAUGCCAGCCAUGAAGUUCGAGUUUGCCACGGCAGAGCAACGGGCGGCCAUCAGGAAACAGCUGGGCACCACUGAUGACGAGAUCCAGCAGUCGCUGGCCACGCUGAGGGACUGGUUGCGGGCCCAGCCGCACCUACCCGACACCAUAGAUGAUCGCGUCCUCGAAGGGAUGUACGUCGGCUGCAAAUGCAGCACGGAGCGCGUGAAAAAGUCGCUCGACGCGUAUUUCUCCCUGAAACACAAGGUUCCUGAACUGCUGAUGAAGAGAGACCCCUUAGGAGGCGACGUACAGGAGAGCAAGGAAAUAAUGAAAAUAAUGGGGAUGCCACGACUGACACCAGACGGGUACCGGGUCGCCGUUCUGGUGGACCUGAAUCCAGACCCGGAGAAGCUGGACGUGCCCAAACUGAUGAGGGCGGGCCUGAUGUGGAUGGAGAUCGCACGCCUGCUGGACUACUUUGUCGGAGCCAUCCUCGUCCUCGACUUCAAGAAUGUCACGGCAGCGCACCUCCCCAAGAUAGGUCUCAACAACCUGCGCAUUGCUGAGACUCUGUACAGGACGGCCUACUGUACAAGAGUUAAAUCAAUACACAUCGUCAACGCACCCAAAAUAAUUGAUAUGGCUCUCACCGUGGUCAAAUCUGCACUUUCUCCAAAAUUAGGGGAAAGGGUAAUGGCGCACGUCGAAGGCUCGGAUACAGUCUUCCAGUAUGUUCCACGAGAGUUCAUGCCAAAUGAACUAGGUGGCACAGGUGGCCCGGUAGAUGAGAUACAUGACGCGUCUUACGCCAUCAUGUACCCGUACAGAGAUUGGCUGCUUGAGCAGGACAGAUACGUAUCGGACGAGAGCAAGAGACCUCCCGGCACGGCUAUUGUGAACGAUAUGUUCGGCAUGGAAGGUUCGUUCAAGAAGCUCAACGUCGACUGACUCUACUGUGGAAGUGACGAAAACCUCAGCAGUACUGGCCGUGUUCUACUGCAGCUGAAUAGUAGCCGUGACACGGUCGUUUAGAAGUAGUGUUAUCAAGCAUAGUAGUGUGACACUGAUUCUUGUGCCUUGUCAUAAAGAGCGCGGCAGGAACCAAGCACAAAGCGCUUGAAAGAUGUUGCGUUGCUUGCCGUUCAUGACACAAGCUGUUAGCUCGAUAGACCGUAUGCUAUGUGCUUCAGAUCUCAGAUAACGAAAGACUAGCAUUUGUGGGCAUGUUUGGUAACUAGUUUGAUGUUGGCGCGAUAUAAUGCAGACAUUUCUCACAGUUCUGAGUUAAAUGUCUUUCGUGAGAUGUGUUGCUAAUGUGGUAUCUUUAACAACUCAAUUUGCAGUGUGUGUUUCAAGAGACGAGUGCAUUAGUAAGUGAUACAGUGAACUAUGAAAAUUGUUAACUAUGUUGUAACCUUCCCGUAUAUAAAAAUUUCCUAUACAAAAUUGACUGAGAAUUAAAACUGAUAAAUUUUGGACUUAAGCAGCACUACCUCAUGGCCCUAUGAAAUAAACCUGAAUAAACUGAAAAAUUCUUACCACA